AUUAUAAAUAUUAAAAUCAAAUAAUUCUGAGGAAUUUACUGAAUUUAUCAGGCAAUCUGCAGAUUAUUUGUAAUGAAAUACCGCAAUUUUACAUAAACUUUACAAAGAAUGAGAUAAGCCAAUCUCACAUAUGUACAUAUAUGUAGAAAUCAAUGCCGAUGGAAACUUAGGACUAUUGAAUUAAUUCGCUUCACGAAUGACGAUCUUCCUUUCUUUCUUUUGUCUUCUAAUUGCCAACCAAUGUACAACGUGGUUACCACAUACAUAUAUAUAUACGUGUCUUAUUCCGACAACGUGAGUAACACGCCAGUUUUUCCGAGACCAUAGCCGACACUAAAAAAAAGUUGUUAAAAAGAAAGUUUUCCUUUUAUAACUCUUGUUUCCACAUGAAGAACAAAUUGUACUUAUGACUUUAUAUUUAUUUAUCAAGCCACAUCCGCAUCAUCGCUACAAGGAAUCUUUCCUGUGAUUGAAACUAGCAGUUAUUUUCCACGAUCUUCACCACCGCCAAUGUUCAAAGAUCAUUCAUACUAAACUCCUAUUGUAGAAUAACAGUAGAUAUACGUGAAAUAAACGAUAGAUAUAAAACAAGUCUCGUUAAAGGCCACUGUGCAUACAAGGCUUAAUAAAUUAUGCAAUGUUUCUUGCAACAACUACGUAUGGCAUGACUUAAAAAUUUAUUCUGGCGAGAGACAGUCUAUUUAAUACGCGGUGAUAUUAUUUAAUUUUAUAAGAAAUGCGGACAGCACAUAUGAAUAUUGCUAAAACAAUGAAGAAGAAAUCAUGUCUUUUCAUCGGUCUAAUUGUAGUAACGAUCUUGAUAACCUGUCUCUAUUACUCAGUCACUUAUGACGAUUUUGAAAUUCAUAACAUAUUUCUGAAAAUGAUUCGUGAACAGGAUUAUUUUCCAAAUGAAAUCGACAGGGCAAAAACAUACAGGGAAAAAGGCGUAAAGACUAUUCUUCUGUGGAACACAUUGUUUGGCAAUAAGAACUUUUAUUUCGGACAAAAAGAAGACAUUUUCCGCGAUUGUCCUUUCGAUAAGUGCAAAAUGUUUAACGAUCGGAACUAUUUGAAUGUGGAAGAUUAUGACGCGAUUCUUUUUCACGGUAAUGAAAUGAACGACUAUGAAGUACCACAGAAGAGGAAGACGACGCAAUUUUACGUCUACGUUAAUUUAGAAAGUCCAGCCAAUCGAAAAGUGCAUCAGAAAUAUCAGAGAAACUUUUUCAACCUCACAAUGACAUACCGUCUUGAUAGUGACAUACUCUGGACAUACAUGAUUGUAGAAGAUGUAAAAAAUGGCGAAUUCGUCGCACCAUCAAAGGAUGUUGAUUGGAGCGCUUUUCAAAAUCAUACAAGAGACGCAGAAGAAGUGUCAUCUGCGAUAUUGGACACCAUCAGGGGUAAAAGCAAGCCGGUAUCUUGGUUGGUAAGCAACUGCUAUGCUAAAAGUGGCCGACUGGAAUACGUGAAGGAACUGUCGAAGCACAUAGACGUCGAUGUUUAUGGCAAGUGUGGCGAAUUUAGCUGCUACCACAACUGUUUUAAAGAUGUAAUCGAGACCAACUACUUCUUCUACCUGUCUUUCGAAAAUUCCUUCUGCGACGAUUACGUGACGGAGAAGCUGACGAAUCCGCUCAGGCAUAAUGUCAUCCCAGUGGUUUACGGAAGCGCCAACUACAGUCGGUUCGCACCGCCAAAUUCCUACGUGAAUGCUUUAGACUUCGAGAGUCCGAAGGAGCUUGCCGCGUACUUGAAAUAUCUCUCUCAGGAUCUACAGCGAUAUCAAAGCUUCCUACAAUGGAAGAAAUAUUAUCGAGUCAAAGGAGGGACAAAGCGGGCUGUUUGCAUCCUUUGUGAGAUGCUGCAUAAGCAGAAAAAGCCAAAACUGUAUUCGGAUUUAUCCGAUUGGUAUGCCAAAGAUAAAUGUACUAUCCAGACGUUUUUGAAAAAUGGCACCGAUAAAUACGCCACGAAACGUAUGAUAAUGAAUCACGAACAGAAGUAAGAGUCGAAUUAUAAAGCUGAAAUAUGGAAACGUUAAUAAUAUAUUCAAAUAAAAUGUUUAAAAGGAAAAUAUCCUAGGACCAACUAAACUUAAACAUUAAUUGUAAAUUGAUGUGAUUCUGGACAUUAAAAAAAAUAUAUAAAUAUAAGUUUCAGAAACUCUGAUUUGA